AUGAAGACCAUUGAAAGUCUCCUAACCAAACUUCCUGAAGCCAAAGUAUUUUCAACACUCGAUGCAGCAAGCGGGUUUUGGCAGAUACCCUUAGAUGAAGAGUCGUCUCUUCUCACUUGUUUUAACACACCAUUUGGCAGGUAUAAGUUCAAUCGCCUUCUGUUUGGAAUAAAGUCGGCACCUGAAGUUUUUCAAAGGACGAUGGAAGAACUAUUCAAUGACAUCGAAGGAUGUGACGUCAUAGUAGAUGAUCUGAUUGUUUGGGGAAGAAACGACGAAGAACAUGACCAGCGCCUAAUUAACGUUCUAGAUAGAGCAAGAGAAGUUCAGUUGAAAUUGAACAAAAAGAAGUGCAAAAUUCGUGUGGAAGAAGUUCCGUAUAUAGGCCACACCCUGACCUCGACUUCUCCGUAG